AGCCUGCCCUGUCUGCCAUGUAAACAUUCACUUUUCAUUCAUGUACUGUGGAGUUGUUAGCUUACAGCCCAGUCCUGCUUGGGAAAUUUGAUGUUGCUGUUGUCAGCAUGGCCUCAGCCUCAAGCUUUGCUCCUCCAAAAUUGGCAGACUUCAUCCUCACAGAGAGGCUGGGCAGCGGUACCUAUGCUACAGUCUAUAAAGCCUACAGAAAGGGGGACAGUCGAGAGGUGGUGGCAGUGAAGGUGGUUGCAAAGAAGACUUUAAACAAGGCAUCUACAGAAAACCUGCUCACAGAGAUUGAAAUCCUCAAGACUGUGCGCCACCCUCAUAUAGUCCAGCUCAAAGACUUUCAGUGGGAUGCUGAGAAUAUUUAUCUGAUUUUGGAGUGGUCUUCUGGUGGAGAUCUCUCACGCUUCAUCCGCAGUCGCAGGAUUUUACCUGAGAGGGUGGCCCGCCGCUUCCUGCAACAGAUAGCCUGUGCCCUACAGUUUCUCCAUGAACGAAACAUCUCACACCUGGACUUGAAACCUCAGAAUAUUCUUCUCAGUGGCUCUGCCCUCAAACUAGCAGAUUUUGGUUUCGCCCAGUACAUGUCACCAUGGGAUGAGCAGAGUGUCCUGAGAGGCUCUCCUCUUUACAUGGCUCCUGAGAUGGUGUGCCGACGACAGUAUGACUCCAGGGUGGAUCUCUGGUCAGUUGGAGUCAUUCUCUACGAGGCACUGUUUGGGCGAGCACCAUUCGCAUCAAGGUCUUAUGCUGAAUUGGAGGAGAAGAUCCGGAGUAACCAACCUAUUGAGCUCCCUCCCGGGGCCAGGGUGUCCAAAGACUGCAGGGACCUUCUGUUGCGGCUGCUGGAGAGAAAUCCAGAUGCCCGGAUCACCUUCGCAGAGUUCUUCACUCACCCUUUUGUGGAUUUGGAGCACAUGCCAAGUGCAGAGAGCCUCGUGAAAGCGAAAGAGCUUGUCCUGCAGGCCAUUCAGAAGGACCAGGAGGGGGAGAGGUCGGCCGCUCUCUCUCUGUACUGCAGUGCCCUGGAGCACUUUGUCCCCGCUAUUCACUAUGAGACGGACCGUCAACGUAAAGAUGCCCUCAGGCAGAAGGUCAGCCAGUAUGUGUCCAGAGCCGAGGAGCUGAAAGCGCUGGUGGCCUCAGACAACAGACUGAGCUUUGAGGAGGCCCGGACCUCCAGGGAUGUCCUCCGAGAAAUGUCUCGAGACCAACCACGACUGCAGGCCGCUUUGGAGAUGGCCUCUACUGCCAUUGCUAAGGAAGAGAGUGGACUGGAUGAUCAUGUGGCCCUGGAUGUGUACCAGCAGUGCUUAGGAGAACUACUGUUGCUGCUAGCAGCUGAGCCCCAGGGCCGCAGGAGAGAGCUGCUCCACAGUGAGAUUAAAAGCCUUAUGACCAGAGCUGAAUACCUCAAAAAGCAUAUCAUGAUGCAGGAGACUCAGAGAGAUGUCUCUCUGGAUCGAGAACCUCUUGCAGACUCUGUCAGAAGCUCCUGCUGUUUGCAGUGAGUUUGGCGUAGACCAUGGGAACCAGCUGGGACGCUUUACAGAGUAGCAGACGGCCUGUCAGUGGUCAGGUUGGACACAGAGCUCUCACCCGACCACGGCUCUUUUGGGGCCAAAUCAAACCUGCAUCACACCUCACCCCAACCAAGUCAGUGCGCUGUCUGGGUGGGAUAUUACACUUGCCAGCCAAAUGUGGUCCAUGUUUUGGUUGUUGGCUCAAAAGUUUUUUCUACCAGAUGAUUUGGCAUGUAGAAAACUUGUGUUUAUUCUAUCAGAGGAACAAAAUGUUUGGCUGGUAAAAUACUGAAAAUCACUGUUGAAUUCUGGAUUUGCACACUGGUGAAUGUGAAAGUUAGUUCCCUGCUCUUUACACUGUGUUGGUGCACUGCUUAGCCUCAAAUCCCUCCUCCUGACACACCAUUGAUAUGUUAAUGCUGGACAGCUUGUAUGACAAUACCACACUGUCAUGGUAAACGAGUUAAACUGAGACUGUUGGAUUUUUUUUUCAGGGCAGGACAUUCAGAAGUGUUUGCAGCACACCUAAAAACUGUGAAAACCUGAGAGUACAGUCAAAUGUGGGCUGUGAUGUUAAGCAUCACAACAAUUUUGAACUGCAGUAUUAGGUAUAUUAUAUCAAGGCCUCUGCAAACAUGCACAUACUCCCUCACCCCCCUCUUCCCCACUGCCUUUACUGUGGCUCAACCACAGGCUCACCAUGCUCUCUCCGCUGAUGGAGCCCUCUCCACCACUAUGAGGGGAAAACUGGAGAGGUGCGGCCUCUGCCUUAUUUACACUAGACUUGCAUUUUCUUAGGUUUGGCAAUGGACGAGUAUUUGAGGGAUACAGUGAGUUGUGGUGCUCAAGCAAAGUCUUAUAACUAGGCCUCUGUGAAACGGUAGAAAGCUUAGAAGUCGUAGCAGGCUGAUAAUCCACGCUGUUGUAGGUCGUCAUGGACUGUUUUGAUUUCAGACAGGUAGAGUGCUUGAGUACUCCAAAAGGAAGCUUUACUUUGUGAAUAUGAUUUUUCAGGCAACUGAAGAAAAUACCUGAAACAGGAGUCGAAUGAGGAAAAGUAUAAAUAUGUCUCCUGGCAGGACUUCCACAUUGCUGUGUUGUUUUAUUUUUUAUUUGAAUGUUUAUACAGCUGUGAUUUUACUAUGUAUUUAUUAAA